AUGCAACCGAGACCCUCUUUUCGAGCGGGGUAUAAGAACCCCGGUCGGAUCCGGGGAGAAACUCACAGUCGUCUUCGCCUUCUUCUGGGAUUCUUUGGGCAUUUUCUCCGCUCUCGACCGUUCCUCCGACAUGAAGGUGAGCGAAUCUCGAUCCUGCUCGUCUUGUGCGUCCUGGUGGCCGUCGGCGCUGCCGUCCCCCUGGCCAACAGCUACAAGGUCGCCUACGGCACCGACGGCGACGACUCCGACUCCGGCUCCGGCUCCGACGAAAAGGGCUACGGCAAGAAGGGAUACGGCGACGAUGACUCCAAGUACAAGUACGCCUACGAAAUCCGCGACGACAAGACCUACAACUACCAGGCCAAGAAGGAGAUGAAGGACGGAGACAAGCUGAUGGGAGAGUACCGAUACGUCGCUCCCGACGGUUACCUGUACGUCGUGUCCUACAAGGACGAAGGUUACGGGUUCCAGGCCGAGGUGAAACGGGAGAAGAACACGAUCUUCCCCGGUUGGACCCACGGAGCCGACAGCAGCGAGGAGAAAGGGUACAAGGCGCCGGCUUAUUCCAAGCCGCCGGCUUAUUCCAAGCAGCCGGCUUAUCCCAAGCCGUCUUACAGCCGUACUUACAUCGCUUACGGUGACGAUGGUGACGACGAUGCGAGCCGUUGA